AUGCAUUCCAAGGCGGCAGAGUCGAGCGCAACGGCGCACCCUUCUUCGGAGAGACCAACGACGCCCACCCCCGAUGCCCAGCCGACGGUUGCCCGCCAAACCCAGCCGCCGCUGAUCAACAACGUGCAAUCAUUCGUGCAACAACCAUAUUUGUAUCCGCCGCAACCACCGCUCUACGGACCUGGGCCGCGUAAACCUCGCAUCAUUCCGUUCACGAGAUCGUGGCACAUUGCCAAGAUUGUGUUGCGAUCGGUCGAGCUCGCCUGUGCCAUCAUCGUCAUUGCCCUGACAAUCGCCCUCAUCUCCGUCGCACUCUACGCUGGCCAUCUUCCGUUGGCUCUGAGCCUGCCACCGGCUUGCAUGUGUGUCCUGUGGGAGACAGCAGAGUUCAUUACUCUCUGCGCGCGAGGCGGCAAGCAGGGCAUCCACCCAGGAGCUCACGUCGGCGUCCACCUCGUCACGUGGCUGUACUGGGCUCUAGGUAUUGUCUGUAUGGGCAUGUUCUCCUUCUACCGAGGUGACUACCGAGACAGCUCGGACUUUGACUAUGGCAUGGGCCUCAACUAUGGCAUCAUCGGUACCAGCGCGGCCGCGUUCCUCGUCACCUUUACCUUGUUCGUCCGCGCCUGCGUCGAGACCAAUCAACGCAACCGUCAGCAGCGGCAGAUUUUUGUCAUGGCUGGAAACGGCGGCCCCUUUUAUGUCAUGCCGCAGGCACAGGCGGCCUCGCUGAUGCAGCAGUAUCCGCAAGCUAUGCCUAUGCCUGGUGUCUAUCCCGGCGCCCCUCAAUAUCCUCCCGCGCGAGACUAUAAGGUCCCAGUUACAGGCGGCGCACCAGCGCAUCCCGUCAUUUCGCCUGCCGAUGGAUCGUUCUACGGUCCGGGAAACCCUCACCAACAGCAAUCUUGA